AUGCGUUGUGGACCCCUGUGCCGAUUCCUGUGGCUUUGGCCCUAUCUGUCCUACAUUGAAGCCGUGCCCAUCCGAAAAGUCCAGGAUGACACCAAAACCCUCAUCAAGACGAUUGUCACCAGGAUCAAUGACAUAUCACACACGCAGUCCGUCUCCUCCAAACAGAGGGUCACUGGUUUGGACUUCAUCCCUGGGCUCACCCCUGUCCUGAGUUUGUCCAAGAUGGACCAGACAUUGGCGAUCUACCAACAGAUCCUCACCAGUCUGCCUUCCAGAAAUGUGAUCCAAAUAUCUAAUGACCUGGAGAACCUCCGGGACCUUCUCCACCUGCUGGCCUCCUCCAAGAGCUGCCCCUUGCCCCAGGCCAGAGCCCUGGAGACCUUGGAGAGCCUGGGCGGCGUCCUGGAAGCCUCCCUCUACUCCACGGAGGUGGUGGCCCUGAGCAGGCUGCAGGGGUCUCUGCAGGACAUGCUGCGGCAGCUGGACCUCAGCCCUGGGUGCUGA